CUCACUUCUCGAAAUGUUCCUUAUGUUCUCUGCCAUUAUUUGGGUAAAUUAUGCAAGAAAAUGAUGGGAUGUUUCCAUUUGGUAGGUCACAUGCAUUGCUCAGCAUGGAAGACUAUCAUUGAAAGGAAGCAUCAUAAUCUAUGACCAUUAUUUGCUUCAAGAUUACUUGCAACAUGGCAGGUGUGAAUUGCUCAACAUGGAGGAUCAAUGUCUCUUGUGAAACCCAGUCAUCUCCGUCGGUCAGAGGAGAAUCUCAAGCACUGUGUGAGGUGGGGAAAACUAGCACUUCAUCUUCAAAAUAUAAAGAGGAUUAUUCUUUGCUAAUGGCUGAAGGAAUGCAUAUUCAUCAAACCCCAUUGAAGGAUAAUGAGGAUUCUUUGCUUAAGCACAAAGUUCUUGAAGAACAAGUUCAUUCUGGACUUGGAAGACGCGGAGGAGGAACACUCCGGGGAAAAUGAGAUCCCCCUUCUCGCUCAUUUUCUACAUAUUAGAGAUGCGUUGAAAGAAAAGGACAUCACGGCAUCCACACCCAUCAGAUUGAAGAAUUGUCUAUACAACGCCAUCAGCGCAUUAGAAGAGUGCGUGGUGUUGUCGGAGAAGCGUGAACCCCGAAAGAAGAAGGAUGGUCCGAUGCAUGGAUACACUCUGGCGGAGCAUUGGCUGAUAUGCAAAACCAGAAGGUUGUUGGUUCAAACAAUGAGAAGGCUAACUGCUACAGCUGAUGCGGUUAUUCCUGGUAUGACCGACAUGGCCGCAAGUUCAUCCUCCACCUCCUUACAAGUUAUUCCAAGACCAAACUCUAGGAAUUUUGAUCCCCACGAUUUUCCGGGUUUGGAUGAACAAGUAAACACAAUUUUACAUCCACUUAGGCAGGGAGGGAAGGGAUUUCAGGAAAUUGGAAUCGUGGGGAUUGGGGGCUCGGGUAAAACCACUCUGGCUCAAUUGGUUUUUACUGAAUUCAUUCGGUGGCGUUUUGGGUAUUUUCAGUCUUAUGGGCAUUACGGAAUUUGGAUAUGCUUAUUCCGGAAACUGAGUGGAAAUGUAAGGUUUAAGAAGAUGAUAAAGAACAUGCUGAAGCAGUGUAAGGCAGUGGGGGAUUAUGAAGAUUUUGACGAAGAAGAGCAGAGUGAGGAAGCAGCAGCGGUGGAUGAUGAAGACUACGAUGGGGUAGAAGUGGAAGAGCUGUUGGAUAAUCUUGGGAAAGCUUUGAAGGGUAAAAGGUAUUUGAUGGUGUUGGACGGCAUCUGGGACAUCAACAUCCACUGGUAUUUCAAGUUAAAAGGCAAGUUGAAGUCUGUAAGUGGUGAUGGGCAUGUCAUCAUCACCAGCCGACUCCCCCGCAAAGCAAGAAUGAUGGUGGGCCCUCACAAUUUGUAUCACAUGCAGCCUGCAUUAAGAGCCCUGGGGUACCGGUUGCAAUUCGAAGGAACAUUGGAUUUACUUGAAAAAUAUAGGUGGAAAUUGAAGUACGAGGUUAUAGAGCAAUGUGAUGGCCUCCCAUUAGCAAUGCACACAUUGGAAGCAGUGAUUGAAGACCAGAUCCUGGGAAAAGAGGCUUUCUUUUGGGGUGGACAUGAUCUGAUUGUGUUGACCAACCCCGAAGAUGAUGCUAUAUUGGGAAAUGAGUUAUUGUUAUCAUGGCACACCAUCUCAUCUAAUGAAAAUAUGGUGAUGGAUGUAUCAAAGCUUCUUCUUCAUGAUGUAUUCAACAAAGUCAAUCGACAUCUAUGGAGAUCAAGAGGUCUGUCCACUACGAUAAUAGUUUUGAGUGGGGAUGCAAUGGCUAAUCAACUCAUGCAAGUAAUCAUGCAAGUAGUCAGAAAUCUGAAACGUGAUUCAAAUCCACCAAUUCUCUUAUUACCUUUGGGAUCUAAAGCUAAUAUUUCGUCUUCACUUGGAUGGGAGAAUCAACCACCAAGAACAUUACCUAAGCAUGUGUUCGAAUUCUUAACAGAGGUGGUGACUAAACCAAAAAAGAAUAUAGACAGUUGGGGGGUUGUAAUGAAAAUGAAAUCUAUUCCAGAAGGUUUUCCGUUACCACGUACUUUUCGUCUUGACAAUGCUCUUGAAGAAAACUCGCAAGCUAUGGAAGCUGACAAAGAAUUUCAUGUAACAUUUUGGAACUACUUUAUUAUCGGAUUGAAUAUUGAAGAUUUGUCGCAGAAAAAGGAUGGAUGUUGUGGUAGUUGUUCUUUUACGCCUUGGCCAAGGAACAUUGUUCUACCUAUUGGUAUUAAAACUAAAGAUAAACAAGGAGAGUGGACGGAAAUAAGCAUACCACACAGCACCAGGUCAAUCAUUUGCGUUAACUUGCCUUGCUUUCCAGAUAGACCAAAUGUUAAAAAAAAAUAUAGAAACUUUAAAGAUCCUUUUGUAGAUGAUGGGCUUCUUGAAGUUAUUUGUUUUAAAGAUGCAUGGCAUAGAAAUGAUUUUCUUCCUUCCAAAGAUCGAGGGGAAUGUCUUGGGCAGGUGGGAACAAUCCGCUUUGAGCUUUACUAUAGUGCAGUCAACCAUAUCCAUAUGAGCAUUGAUGGGAAUCGAUGGAAACAUCCCCUCUCUAUUGAGGAUGACAAUAAGGUGAUUGAGAUCAAUCAUUCAGGAAGAACAAAGGUGUUUGUAAAUUCCAACUCAAGAUGCAAAUUCAAAUCACUUGAUGAGUGAUAUUGAAUGUCUUCUAAAGAGUUGAGUGGUAUUCUCAGUCCAUGCUAGAACAAUCUAGUUGUAUUACUUUUAUAGUGAGUAAA